AUGGAGUGUAUUUCCACUCCCAAAUUCACUCUUCUUAUCAAUGAAAGCCCUGAAGGUUACUCUGCUGCAAAGAGGGAGCUAAGACAAGGGGAUCCAAUGCCCCCCUUGCUCUUUGUCUUAUGUAUGGAUUAUUUGACUAGAAUCUUGACAUAUAUAGGAGAGCUGCAGGAAUUCAAGUUUUUUACUGGAUGCUCAACAAUGAAGAUGAAUCAUCUGUGCUUUGCAGAUGAUUUGCUUCUCUUUUGCAAAGAUGAAGCCAAAUCAGCUUACUUACUAUUACAAGGUAUUAAGCUGUUUACUGAAUCCUCUGGUUUACAAGCAAAUACAAGCAAAUCAGCUCUGUAUAGUACUGCCAUAGCAGAAGAUGAGACGACAAGAAUUUCCCAUUUCUCUGGACACUUUUUGUGGAGUGGGAAAGCUAUGAGUGAGAGGAUAGGGCAUGUCAGAUGGGACAAGGUAUGCUCUCCCAAAAAAUAUGGGGGUCUGGGGAUGAGAAAUAUCAAGCUCUGGAAUAUAGCAGCAGUAAGGAAGCUAGUUUGGCAUAUUGGUGCACAGAAGGAUGAACUGUGGGUAAGGUGGGUGCACUCUGUGUACACUAAGAAUGCUAACUGGUGGUCCUUCCAACCACCAUCUGGAGCUAGUUGGAUUAUGAAGAGUCUUAUGCAAAACCAAAAAUGA